GUGAUCUGGAAUCCCCAUCAGUAAUAUGUCGUUCACUUAAAAAUUCUCAAAGAAAAUAUAUUUAAAAAAAAAAAAAAAUCAACAAAAUUCUCAGUGUUCUUAAUACAUGGAGGAUAAUCGGCCAAAAUGGGGCCAAGCAUGCAGUCAUGCUUGUUGUGUACCUCAACGCAUUAUCGUCGGGAUAAUGUCGUUCUUUGCACUCCUGUUCGCCUAUACACACCGUGUCUCGCUGUCUCAUGUUAUCACCCAGCUAGUAGUACCUAUAAACAGAACCUCAGACGACGAGGAUAAAGAGGAUGUAUGCCCUGCAGAUGAUGACGUGUCCACGACUCCCUCUGAUCAUAGAGGCGAAUAUCGUUGGAGUGAACAGAUGCAGGGCAUUAUUCUUAGCUGCUUCUAUGUAGGUUACAUUAUCACCCAUAUGCCCGGUGGUAUCUUAUCGGACAAAUUUGGAGCCAAAUGGGUGCUGCUCAUAUGCAUGUUGAUCUCCGCACUAUGUACAAUGCUUUGUCCUUUAGCAAUUAUUUAUUUCGAAGAAUGGGGUCUAAUAGUCGAUCGUGUAAUCAUGGGAGCUGCCCAAGGAACCAUGUUCCCUGCGGUAACAGCACUACUUUCCGCUUGGGUGCCAGUCAGGGAACGAGGCUCCUUGGGCGCCUUCACAUACAGUGGAGUUAUUUUAGGUACUGUCGUAAGCAACUCUUGCUCUGGCGUCAUGCUUCAUUACUUCCACUGGUCGGUUACGUUAAUUGUUUUUGGUGGCUUGUCAAUUGUUUGGUGCAUAGUUUUUCUGUUAUUGUGUACCAGCCGACCAGACGGUCAUCCUUGUAUGAAGCCCAAGGAGCUUAGCUAUCUCAUUGAAACAAUGGGUGAUCGUAACAAAGGUAAAUUACCAAUACCCUGGAAGGAGUUGUUGCUGAGUAAAGCAUUAGUGGCCUUGAUAAUAAGCCAAAUUGGCCAUGACUGGGGUUACUAUGUAAUGAUCACGUGUUUGCCCAAGUACAUCAGUGAUGUAAUUCGGUUUUCGAUACGAUCUAAUGGAUUUGUGACGGCCCUUCCUUUUCUUGCUAUGUUCAUUUCUUCGAAUAUCAGUGGAUUUGUGACAGAUUAUGUAAUUCACAAAGGUCUAAUAUCUAUAAGCAAUAUUCGCAAAUUGCUCACUUUUUUAGCUGCCCUUGGACCUGGAGCUUUGAUGGUGGCAGCGUCGUAUGCAGGAUGCGAUAAAUUUCUGGUAAUAGCACUCUUUACCAUCUCGAUGUUUGUAAUGGGUCUCUAUUACGCUGGACAAAAGUUGACACCCAUGGAUAUGUCGCCAAGCUUUUCAGGCACACUUACAGCCAUCUCAAAUGGACUUGGCUCUUUAGCUGGCAUACUAUCGCCUACUCUUGUCGGUUUUUUAACGCCUAAUGCAACAAUGAGUGAGUGGCGUAUUGUAUUCUGGAUAGGCCUAAUAAUUAUGGUAAUAUCUGCUAUAAUAUUUGCAAUCUGGGGUACAGCAGAGGUUCAACCAUACGAUCCGACUUAUAAGGGCGAGAAAAAGGAUGGAUAAGAA